AUGGAGCAUCUAUCAGGAACCUGGAAUCUGAGCCAAGAUCUUAUGGCCCCGAAAGGCUACGAGGCCAUCUGCCAGGCCGAGCCAUCCGACCAAGUCAACAGCAACGGCUACCACACCCUCGAGGACGAGUUCCUAUACGACGGCAGCGAGUGGGACGACUGCCGAAGCGGCAAGAGGACACCCCCCGCGCGCUCCAGCCUCGACCACGAGCGCGGGGAGGAGGAGGCGCCCACGGGCCACCUCGGCGAGUGGGACAGGGACUACUCCAACGCCUGGGACUACGCCUCGCUGGCGGACCAGGCGAGGAAGCGGAGUGGUACUGUCUCGAGCAGCAGCAGCAGCAGCAGCAGCAGCAGCAGCAGCAGCAGCAACAGUAGCGCCGCCGGGACGAGCAGCAGCAACUCCAGCGCGGUCACCAAGACGGAAAAGACGUUUGGUGAUGAUGAGGCCGAGCCGCAGAGAAGCGCUACUAGUAAUCGAAGGAGUGGCGGCGGAUUCUGGAGCUUUUUCGGCAGGGCCAGGUCGCAAGAGGCCAGUGUAGAGUCGUUGAGGAGUGCUUAG